AUGUUCAAGUACGUGACUGCUGCGCUAUCGCUCACGCCUCUGACUGCGGCCGUGCCAACAUUAUCCGCACGAGACGAGCUGCCAGACUUCAACAAGCUCCUAAGUCCUGAGGAACUCGCCGACGUCAUCGCAAGCUCUGAGCCGGGCACGUUCGGCAUACUUGGCACUUCGAUCAACAACAUCACCGAUCCAAAUCACCUCUUCAAGCGCGAACCAGGAACCUUCUGCAAACAGGACCUGGCGCAACUGUUCUGCGAGACCAGCGACGCGUCACCGUUUAUCUUGGACUGCUUCUACAUGUACAACCUCCUCAUGUCUCGACAGGAAGAGUGGGACAUUGCUGUCGCCAUGGGCUCACGCACUUUUGCCUGGGCCAACUCUUGCUGCUUCGAGAUGACGAAUUUGGAAUAUCUCUACACCGCCUACGUCGGCGGCGGAGACGUAGCCAAGCUGGAUGAGAGAAUCAUCAACACGUGUGGGUCGAAUGGCAAGGUCGGCGGCUGGGGCAGGAUUGGAUGUCCUAUCAGGGGAACUCCGAGUGGAGGUGUGGCGCUGAGCUACAGUUUCUACCACUGUUGA